CGAGGGGCGGCAGUCGAGGCUCGUCAGUCGACCGAGGAAGAUGUGUAUUGUUGCUCUCGGUUCGGACGCGUGAUAAACAACGUGUACGAAAGCGAGACGCGAUCGGUAUACAAACAGAAACAUCAUUCGAGUAACAGUCUGUCGAACAGAAUAUUUCGCAUGUAACGAAUUUGUCGAACUUUUGUCCUCGCGUGUUGUGUUUCGUUUUCUUUUAUUCGUUUUAUACUCUACUGCGUGUGUUCCCUUCGAAUUGAAACUCGGUUAAUCGACCGUGCUACUGGAACAAUCCCUUUCCCUUUCGUCUCGGGAAGAAGGGAUAUCGCGUUUAUUCGUCCAAGAGGGAUGAAAGAGAAAGAAAGUACAGGGAGGUCAGCCCGGAAGGAGUUGAUUGUUGAUUGCUUUCUUCCUGUCGAGUUCGCGAUCGCCGUCUUCACGAAGGACUCUCCGUUCGACGAAUAAAUCAGUUCGAAUAAAAGGAAGGAAUCGAAAUUUCGAAAAUGUCUCGUCACGAUGACCUUUCGCGAUUCAAAGGUAGCCUCGAUCGAGGGAAAUGACGAUUUAUCGUUUCGUUCGACUGUCAAUGGCCAAGUGGAACGUUCGAUCGCUUGAUAAUUCGAUUGGUCAACCAGGAACGACGUUAAUUAUGGUUCGGUACGAGCGUUCGAUCGCUGCUACAGCGACGGAUCGUCUAACGAGGGUGAAGAAAGCUCGUUGGGUGAAAAAACGAACGGCGUAGAGAUCGGAAAUCGGCAUCAGCUAAUUGGAUAGCCGUGAUUUAAAGGCAAUUCUGAGGCGAGUGACGUUGACACGUUGAAACGCUUUCAUUUCCAUCGAAGAAAGACGCUGGGAUAACGUGGGACCAUUAGAAGCAUCGAAAUGAAGCUGGGCGAUAAUAUGACUAUGGAAGCGUACAAUAUAUGGGGAGAUGUCCCUCCGCGGAAGUGUCGUCCACCAAAGAUCGGCGAUAUACCAAAACACAGCGCGAUCGACGAAGAAUCGCCAGGGUGCAUUUCAAAGUCACUCACAGCUCCCGCAGAUUCGAGGGACUUAAAUUUGUCUCUGGACACUUCCGGUAACAUAGUCUUUCCAUUAGACUCGGGCACGUCUGCCGAGCAGUUAGCUCAGCUUCGAAAAAUCGAAGGAAAAUCUAAAAGCAGCAAAGAAGCUCUUCGAUUUCGCUAUUCGACCGUAGCAGAGUCUCAACCUUUGAAUCUCCCUAUCAAAACCCGAGAUUCCAAGUAUUUCGUCCAGGAGGAUCUAACCAGGAAGUCGCCAAGCCCGAAAGACCAAGAACCAGACAGACCUAUCGAUUUCGAGGGUAAAGCGAGUAUUAAAUUGCCCGUUGUCAAAGAAUCGACGCUCCUAAAGUUCGAUAAUCGCGAGGAUUCAACCAGGAUUCCGUCCAGCCCUGAAGACAAUUCGGACCAGGAGAUCGUCGAGGUUCGCAAAGACAGCGCUCUGUUCUUAGAGGAAGCGGAAGGACUACCCGCUCUUCGGGAGAUCCUGAGGGCCAGGGCACCUAGGAUCAUCAGACCAAGAAGAGAGAGCAGCGGAUACGCGAGUAAUCUGGGCACCUUCGACGAGGACAGAAGGAACUCGUCGUCCGUAGACGUUCUCCAAGACUUGUCUUCGUUUCUGAAGGAGCGAAGGAGAUCAUCCGCGGGUCCGAAACGCUUGAACUCUAGGGUGAUCAUUGGGAGAGCCGAGGAGAGCCUAACCGAGGAGGUGGUGGAUUGUGAAAGGAUGCCUACUACAGAGAUCCACAGGAAGGCGUCCGGCGCGGGACUCGAAAUGCCGAAUAUCGAAGAGGCGAAGGAAAUCCCUAGGGAUGAAGUACACUCCAGACAAGAGAGUUCGGAUAACCUGUACGGUCUGAACGACCUAACCGAAGACGUAUCGAUAUCGAGGCACCAGGAUGUGUCUUCGAGCAUCUUCGACGUUUCCUCUCUCAGCCAAUCGAUCAGUCGUCUCUCGACAUCUCCAUCGAGAACUGCAUCUAAUCAGCAGGUUCAUCGAUUACUAUCUUCGUCCCUAUCGAGCAGCAAACUCUCCGAUAAACCUGAUCAGUCUAUCGAUCGAUCAAAAGUGAUCGCUAUCGAACAGCACAGACCUAUCGGUACCGAUAUCGAAGACGAAUCAAUCCGCGAACCACCGACGCAUCGAACCAAAGAAAAAUCUAUCCAGAAACAGGACCUUCAGUUGAGUGUCCUUCCUCGAUCGAUCAAAAUGUACCGGUUAAUGUCCACCCAAUCCGAAGACAGGAUCGAUGGCCAGUUGCAAUUGGACAGGAGGAUAUCCUUUCAGAUGAGCAAGCAGAACGACGUAACAGCAUCGUCUAAAGACCCUAGGGAUUUGUCUUCAAGAUCGCCGAAUCGAUCCACGAACGUCUCGAUGUUGAAAAGUAGCGUGUCCAGCGAUAUCCAAGCGUUGGCAUCGACGGAAGUCGGUGAGGAUUCAUCCAUCAGGACUGUUUGCUCGUCCGGUGAGGUGGGCACGAGUCAGAGAUACCUUGGGGACACAUCCAACGUGACAGUGAGACCCAUUUAUCCUUACUGUCCGUAUUCGCCGUAUGGUAGCCCACAGGGAUCACCCCGAAACAGAAGGAGACCCCUCAGGGAGAGUAGAAGGGUCUCCAUUGAUAAUAGACAAGGAGCUUUACAGCUGAACCAGUAUAAGCUGUUGGAUAAUAUUGGACAGGGUUCCUAUGGGAUCGUAAAGCUGGCUUACAACGAGGAGGACGAUACCCACUACGCGAUGAAGAUUCUCAGUAAGAAGAAGCUGAUGAAGAAAGCUGGAAUAUUUGGUAGAAUGGCACCUGGUAGGAAGGGUGCCGCUAACCCUUUGGCGAAGGUCUACAGGGAAAUUGCUUUGCUGAAGAAAUUGGAUCAUCCUAAUGUCGUGAAGCUGGUGGAGGUGCUCGACGAUCCGGACGAAGACAAUCUUUACCUUGUUUUCGAACUAGUCCAGAGGGGUGAAAUUCUACAGAUACCCACUGAUAAACCCUUGGACGAAGAAACAGCUAGGAAGAAAUUUCGCGACGUUGUCAUGGGGGUGGAAUAUCGUAAGUCUCUCUCCAUGGUCCGCCGUCCGAGGGUUGAACUUUCGCUUAAAUUCAGUUUUCUUUUUACAGUACACUACCAGAGGAUUGUUCAUCGCGACAUAAAACCGAGUAACUUGUUGGUGGACAGCGACGGUCGCAUUAAGAUCGCCGACUUGGGCGUCAGCGCGGAACUGAGAGCUUCCGGUGAAUUGUUAUCCGGGCCAGCCGGUACCCCGGCAUUCGCGGCACCCGAAACGACCACACCUGGUGCCCAUUAUUCCGGAACUCCGUGCGAUAUCUGGUCGAUGGGUGCGACGCUGUACUCCCUAGUGACCGGAAGGGUGCCAUGGGACGGUGCCGGAAGUAUAAUCGGCGUGCAAGCGGCAGUUCGUACGGAACCAUUGAAAUUUCCUGAGAAACCCGUGCUCUCUAAGAAUCUCCGCGAAUUGAUUUCAAAAAUGUUAGACAAAGAUCCUGAGAAUAGGAUCAGUUUGUCAGAGGUGAAGGAACACCCAUGGCUGACCAACGACGGUGCUGAACCACUGCCGAGCGAGGCUGAUAAUUGCCGGCUUCCGGUCACUGUUACCGACGAGGAAGUCGAACGUGUCGUCACGAGGAUACCAAAGCUGGACACUCUGAUCCUCAUCAAAACUAUGCUGAAACAGCACAGCUUUCAAAAUCCUUUUCUGUCGAAGAAGAGCGGUAAAACAGCCUGCGUCGAUACCCCGACUGAUAGCAUCGAAUUAUCCCCCUCGGGGAGGACGGACGAGAACGUGGCAUCCAGAGAAAGGAUCAGGAACUCGAAGACGGAACGAUUUCACAGGACAGGCAGAAGCAAUUCCGCUCCGGAUUCUUAUGACUGGCAAACAAACGGCAGACAAAUAUCCAUAGACACUCCUCUACCACCGGUCACGGAGGCGUCCCAUCAAGAAGCGGAAAUCGAGAAACGGUGAUACUAUUGAGAAACUCGGAUGAAUACAGAAGGAACAACGAGCAACAUGAUUGCUCGACACGGUAUGAGCCGAAUUCAUAAUCGAUGAUCCGACCAGGUGUAAUCAAUUUUUGGAACGCUCGGGGAAAAAAUCGUGGAUCUGGAAAUCAAGGCAUUAACGAAUUUUAAUUUUAAUUUAUUCAGUUUCAAUUUCGUACAAGAAUUUUUAUAAAAGGUGCACAAAUUUUCGCGAAUGUUCGAGACUACCGAAUGAUAAUCGUCGUUAAAUCACACACGCGGAAUAAUUUUUCAUGCUGGUGUCGUGCGAUAAUUACCAUGUCGUGUUUCUAACUGACAUGCGAUCUGAUUGCGCGCCUCGCUGUUGAAAAUUCGACUUUGUACGCGUCGCCAGCUAUUUCCACGAUUCCCGGGACUCGAAGGUAACGAAUUUUACAGAAAUUUUUGGAAUGUCAGCGGAGGUUUUCGAGUGAUAUCGUUUCGGUGAAACGAGAAACAGCUGUAAAAAGUAACUUAAUGUAUAUUCUGAAGAUGGUUUAGAUAGGAUAAAGACACUUUCGAUCGUGCUAGUUAAUCCUUUUACACUUUAUUUUUCGAGAAGACUUCAAUUUCCAUGAAGUUUGUUCGAAAAAUAAAAUUUAGAAAUAAUUGACAGGGCAUUCGAAAGUCGACUGGAAUUACCGGUACGGCAUUUUACUUACGAAUUUUAGCGUAAUUUAGCGAUAAUUAGAGAUCGAAAGAUCGUAGAUGUAUUUUAUAUGCACUUUAGCGAGUAUUUGGUGAAAUAAAAGAGGCUAGAGAAGACAAAGCCUGUUGAGACAACGACGUCGUUUGCAGAAAAAUAUUUAUCGAUUCUUUCUCGAUCAUUCUGUGAUGCGAUCAAACCAACAAUUUCAUACUUUUACAUUAAACAAUGAUAUUUCGUGGGUUUCGCGUGUCCACGUUCUGUAAAUUUUUAUUUAUCAAUCGUUCCAACCUUUAUCGUAAAAAUCCAAACCGAUUUCAAUUUGUAUAGAAAUUAAAAGUUCACUGUUUCAGUUUACUUUUUUCCAAAAGGAAGCUCUCACGUGAUUACACGUUGCUUUUGAUUCAAUUUACGUUGAAUGAAACCGUAUCGAAUUUACGCGAAGUAGUUUUAUUUUAAAAUAUUGAAAACAUCAAAGGGUUCUUCGAACGACAACAAAAUUGCAAUAUAAAAUCAAAAACUUGACGCUUUGAGAAUUCCACCCCCUGACAACUCUAUAUAAAAAUUGUCUGUCCUAAUUUCCAAUUGUAACGAUAAAGGUUUAAGUGAUUCCUUUUCACGAAAUUCUGUUUAAUUUUCAAGCAACUUAAACUUAAUUUCAUAUACGGUUUUUAAGUGGUCCAGAAAGUGGUUCGUCAAAGACGAUCACCGAAUUUAGAUGAUUAUCGUACCGUAUAAAUUUUCAAGACGGUAAUGUAUACAACUUAAAAUGUAUUAACGUCCCACGAAAUUCGAGCAGUUAAUUUCAAGGGAAGUUUACCGUCGCGUUUCAAGUAACAAGCUCGUCUUAAAUUCGCUUCGCCAUCUGUAGAAUUGUUUGAACAAAGGAAGCUUUGUUUGAGCUAAAGGAACAGCGGAAACGAAGCCAGUUGUUGAUGUUAAGACUCAGGGAAAAUACAGUUUGUAACAACUCGGAAAAUUUCGAAUCUAAAUGUUUCGAGUAAUCGAAAAUUUCAAGGAGACCAGAAAUUUUCUAUUUCCUUUCAAUCGAGUGAUCGCCUUUAUCGAACCGCGCGAAAACGAAGCCGCCGACGAAAUCGAGUGGCGUGUACAUAAAAGUAGCAUGUAAUAAAUAUAUAAAAGUUUUAAUUAUUGGUAGAUUUGUUCAGUGCGAAGCACGCGACCAAGCGAACGCAAACCAAAGUUAAGAUUCGUGAUUUCGUUGGACCUUAAUUUAUAUCCGGGGACCAUAAGCGCGUAUUGAAUUUAACCGAUUUUCGUCGAACCUCGCGACCGGAUACGUUCGACGAUCAUAUCACGUCCUGACCUCACGAAUUCCUUUGGAACUGCACAGAAUUACGGGUCCUUACAGGAAACAGAAUUUUAAAAAAAAGCGGACAUCCGAUUUCAAAGGUAUUAAUGAAUGUUUAUUACCGACUAUCGAUCGGUAAUUGUAAGAAUACUUUUCUGAAAAUCCACAGAUUCUCUAUCGAUGGGUGAUCUUUAAAUUUUUCUCCAACCUCAGUUGAUUAUUUUUACUUCUUGCAUUUGUAAUUAAUUAGCAAAUUUUUCGUGUAGAAGUGCAAAGGUGUUAAAAGAAGUGCCUUUAAUGUUUAAUAUUAAAAUUCGUUCAGAUUCCAAGAAUUUCCCUAAUUUAAUUCUCAUUUAAUUGGCAAAGUACAUGAUUGCCUAUUGAUAGAUUAUCUGCGUUUGAUCGUUACGGGUAUGUAUGUUAUAAAAAAGACUAGAAUCUUACAUUUACGAUAUUUCUGAAGGUACAUAAUAUUAUUCCUUUCGAAAUGACAUAAAAAUCAAUUUUCAGACACUAUAUCUAUAAUCCUUCUAUAUUGCUGUCUUUCUAUAUUGCUUUCUAUGUAUCGAAGCGUAAGCUUUUCUCAAAUACUUUAACAAGUUUUACUAUCAGCUAUCUAAUAGUAACGUUUCUUCUCUAAAAAAUAAAAAUUUCUUCUCUAUUCUUAAAAUCUCUGAGUAUUCUAAGUACUUUUUCGAAUUUUAACACAUAAAAAACUAACUGUAUUUUUGAAAUUUAUGAUGCUCAAAAUGUUCGUAAUAUAAUCUAAGGAAUAUGUGCAUACUUUUUCCUAAUCUUCAAAAAAAAAAUAUAUUACGUAUCUCCAGAAGUACUCUUUACAGAUUAAAGUUGUGUACAAGGGUAUUCGAAGUAUUAAGUCAUUCCAAAUGUAAAUUUUAUCCAAUGUUAUUUAAUUAUAAAUUUAACAAUAUAUUUUAAUAGGAAAAUUCAAAAUUGUGUCUGACAGACAAAUAGGGCGAAAAUUAUAAUAAGACGUAGGUGAAUUUAUGGAUUGACUUAAUGUGAUAAAUCAUUUAUGUACACAAUUAAUAAUGCACCAUUAAUAGUAAUAGGUGUAUCCUCACGUUACGGAAUGCUCUUACGAAAUGCACAAGAUAUUUUGUACCUCGUACUAGAUAUGCACCCUUUUCUUAAUCUACUAACAAUCAGACGAAUUAUGGAUAAGUUGAUGGGACUUUCGAUUGAUACACUUGUUGAAAUUCGUUCAAAUUCAAUAAAUAAAAAUAAGGGGGGCACAAGGAAGGUAAUAAAAUCUUGAUAAUCUGGGUCUUUUGAAAUGUUAAGUAGGGUAAUUGAGCUAAGGAAGGCAACAAUUGAAUUCAAAAUGCAAGAUGGGAAUGGAAUUUAGACUCCAAAUUUUCCACUCGAACGAUAGAUUGUCCGAGAUUGAUCAAUCGAGGGUCCAUUAUUGAAUGAUUAAUAAAGAAGAGAUCGUCGAAGCGUGAUUGUUAAGAGGUCGUUGACUGGAUUAGACGACCAAAAAGUAUGAUCCUAAUCAAACUCGAACUGUCGAGUCCAUCUUUCGAAUCGUAAAUUCAUUUUCUCGACAAUCAAAUAAAUAGACAAAAUUUCCUUUAUUAUUUUCACUUCGAAUAAAAGGCAGUCGAAUGAGGUUCCGUUUAAUCCUCUAUACUGCCAAUAUUCAUCGACCAGUGAAGACGAACUUUGAUAAGGAGCAAAGUACUUUCUUGCCCGAUAUUUCAUUAAUUAUACUUUGAACACGAA